UAAGAAGGAGAGCAAAAUCAAGCUUGUUAGAAGAUAUAUACGUUAACAUGAUUUCAAAAUCACCAUCCCUAGCAGUACACAAACUGCUACUAUAUUCUCUUCUUUUUCUCCAAACUUAUUAUUCAUUGGCAACCUCAGCCAAUUCAAGUACUGCUAAAAAUUUCAUUGAAUGCGUCUCAAUUAAUUCUGAGCUUUCAGUUCCAGUCGUCACAACACUUUUCACACCAAACACAUCGUCAUUCACUUCUGUCCUCGGAUCCACACCAACUAAUCUCAGAUUCUUAGAGCCCUCAGUUCCGAAACCCCAGUUCAUCUUUACACCACUCCAUGAUUCCCAUGUCCGAGCAGCUGUGAUAUGCUCAAAGCAGUUAGGCUUCCAUUUCAGAGUUCGUAGUGGAGGCCACGACUAUGAAGGAGUUUCCUACGUGUCUGAGAUAGAAACUCCUUUUAUUCUCAUAGAUCUCAUCAACCUUCGACUCGUCCAUGUUGACAUCGAACAUAACUCGGCUUGGGUUCAAGCUGGUGCUACAAUUGGAGAACUUUACUACAAAAUUUCUCAGAAGAGCAAAGUCCAUGGCUUCCCAGCUGGGAUUUGCCCGACUGUUGGAAUUGGUGGCCAUAUCACGGGUGGAGGUUACGGUGCCAUGCUUAGAAAAUAUGGCCUCGCAGCUGAUAAUGUUAUCGACGCUCGAAUCGUUGAUGUUAACGGUGGAAUUCUCGAUAGAGAAAUGAUGGGAGAGGACUUGUUCUGGGCGAUCCGUGGUGGGGGAGGAGGGAGCUUUGGAAUCAUUCUUUGGUGGAAGAUUAAGCUUGUACCAGUGCCUGAAAUAGUGACAUUUUUUAGAGUUGGUAAGACGUUGGAACAAGGUGCAACCAAACUUGUCUACCGGUGGCAACAAGUUAUGGAUAAGCUUGAUGAAGAUCUCUUCAUUGAUGUUCUUUUUCAGAUAGUUCAUUCUAGCACUAAUGAAAGAACACUCAAGAUUAGUUACAACGCACUGUUUCUUGGGGACUCUAAUAGACUGCUUAAGGUUCUUGGUGAUGGUUUUCCUGAAUUGGGUUUGGAGAAAAAGGAUUGCAUGGAAAUGAGUUGGGUUGAAUCAGUUCUUUAUGUGGAUGGAUACCCAAAAGGAACACCAGUACAAAGCCUUCUCCAGGCAAAAAAUAGAUUCAGAACUUACUUCAAAGCAAAAUCAGAUUUUGUCUCAGUUCCAAUACCUGAGAAAGCCCUAGAAGGAUUGUGGACAAGGAUGUUGAAGGAGGAGAAUCCUGCUAUGGUUUGGACUCCAUUAGGUGGAAUGAUGAGUAGGAUUUCGGAAUCGAAAAUUCCAUACCCUCACAGAAAGGGAAUCCUUUUCAUGAGUCAGUACUUAACUACCUGGGCAGAUGGAGACAAAGACCCAGAAAGGCACAUUGAUUGGAUUAGGGAGGUGUAUGAGUACAUGACACCUUAUGUUUCCAACUCUCCAAGACAAGCUUAUGUCAAUUAUAGAGAUCUUGAUUUGGGGAUUAACAAGAAGAACAUGUGCUUCAAUUGGCCAAUUACUGAUCAUUGGGGUAUAAGGUAUUACAAUGAGGAUAACUUUAAGAGAUUGGUACGUGUGAAGACCAAAGUUGAUCCUCAUAAUUUCUUCAGGCACGAACAGAGUAUUCCACCUUUAAUUAUUUACUAGAUUUUAUUUCUAUAAGCACAAUGAAUAAAUUGAGAAGAUAAUUAUGAAUUCUUCUCUUUCUUAAAUUUUCAUGUCGUCAUUAAUUGGAAGAUGGAUAAUAAAUUAUAAAUAUUAAUUAAUGAUGUUGGUUGGGCUUU